AUGGUUCGUAUUUCCCACAUCAAAGAAAAUAACGCCCAGAUCGAUGAGAAGUCGGCACCUCGUGUUGCAGUAUUCGUUGGCGGAACAUCGGGCAUAGGAAAACUUACGCUCAAUGCGAUAACUAGGCUCGGAACACACUUUAAAGCUUAUGUCAUUGGGAGGCAAGAGAGUAAGGCAGCAUUCAAACCAUUCAUCGAGGAACUACAUCUGGCGAAUGCGAAUGCGAGCAUCAUAUGGGUUGAAGGGCAGAUCUCGUUGCUGUCCGAAGUACAGCGGAUUUGCGAUUACAUCAAGAAAUUCGAGAGCAGUAUUGACCUCCUCUUCAUGACCGCGGGGUAUGUGAAUUUCAGCGGAAGGUGCAGUACGUUGCUCCCACGUAUUUUACCCCUAGCAAUGAUGUGUCGAAGACUUAUAUCUCCAGAUACAUCCGAAGGCUUGGAGAUAAGCCACACACUGGAGUUCUACUCGCGAAUCUGCUUCACGCAAAAUCUCCUUCCUCUAUUGCGCUCUUCAGGUCGCGCGCGCGUGAUGAGUAUACGCUCAGGUGGGAUGGAAGGUGACUACUUCUUCAAUGCAGACGAUCUCCUACUCGAAGCCCCAGGUGCAUUUGGGGCCAUGGCUUCGGUAAGACAUAUGGGCAACAUGAACACGCUCGCACUGGAACGUAUCGCUCAAAUGCCAGAGAACAAAAACAUCGUUUUCAUGCAUUGUCAUCCAGGUGGCGUGCGGACAGGAAAUCUCUUCCGUGGGUUUCAGGAAGGGUCCUGGGGUUCAUGGUUGGCCGCGACUUUCAUGGAUCCGGUUAUAUGGCUCAUGGCGUAUGGGGAGGAGGAAGCCGCCGAGAGGUACCUCUAUCAAAUUACGAGUGCGGCUUUUGGAGGGAAAGGUAUACCAUUAGGUGCAGGCGUUAUUGCGGGGAAAGACACAAAGGGAGGGAGGGAAGGGAGUCUGUUUCUGGUGCAUCAUACUUGUGAGACGACGCUGAAUGAGGAAAAGUUGAGGAAGUUAAGGGUCAGCGCUCAGGACAAGGUUUGGAUCAAAACACAGGAGAUUGUUGGCCCGUAUGUUUAG